AUGACAGAGGUAGCCGAUGCGAAGUCUGCCAGCUCAUCCACCAAAAGUCCCGGUACUGCCAGCGAAGUCGUCGGUUCCAACAAAAACUAUGGUGGUGGUGGUGUCGUCGUGGUCGAGAUCUUCUCGAAGCUGAGGAAGGCACGGUCACGAUCAAUCGAGGCAGCAGUCGAGUGUGAUAAGGGUUACAGACUGGCCUUGCCACAAGGGGUCACCCGCCUGCGGGACACUGACCCUUCUCUCCAAGUCGACUCUGCCCUCGGUACCUAUUUAAGAUCCAAUCAGUCUCACGAGUUGAUAGCUGUAGCCUUGGCUAAACCAGCGGUGAGCCAAUCUGGCAUACCCAGGCCACCUUCGGGCAAGGGUAUACGUAGGCAAGGGAGGGCUAUGCACUUCGGUGCUGACACUUGCCGUUUCACUCGCCAAUCCUGUCCCUUCGGUAGGGAUUGCCGUUAUCGUAAACAUUUCGGUGACCCCCAAUCUAAGCUUUAUUGGCAGAACGGUCAAGGUGGGGAGAAGGACAGUAGCUUCGGGUCUGAUAAACGCCCUAGGACUGGGCAGGUGAAGGAUGAACCAUCAAGGAAGAACCCUAAGGACCAAUAG